GGGGGGGUGGAAAGGCGGGCGGACGCAUGCGCGGAGCGCGGCCGGCGGCGCUUGCGCGCUGCGGGCGGUUUUGGCGGGCGGAGCGCGGAGCGGCGGCAGCGCGGAGCGGCGGCCAAACCGCGGCGGACGGGCCCGCGCCGGAGCCGCUCCCCGCGCAGAGCGGUGGCUGCGCUAUGGGCAGGAGGAGCCGGCGGGCAGCCGACAGCUCGUCCUCGGGGGAGGAGGAGGAGUAUGUGGUGGAGAAGGUUCUGGAUCGGCGCGUGGUGAGGGGCCAGGCCGAGUACCUGCUCAAGUGGAAGGGCUUCUCCGAGGAGCACAACACGUGGGAGCCCGAGAAGAACCUGGACUGCCCCGAGCUGAUCUCGCAGUUCCUGCGCAAGGACCGCAGGAUGAGGGACAUGAGGGACAUGAGGGACAGCGAGGGGACACGGCCCCGCGAGCGCCCCGAGGGCGCCAAGCGCAAGGGACUGCCCGGGGAGGACGGCAGGGCCAAGAAGAAGAGGGAGAGCAAUGACAUCGCCCGCGGCUUCGAGCGGGGGCUGGAGCCCGAGAAGAUCAUCGGGGCCACCGACUCCUGCGGGGACCUCAUGUUCCUCAUGAAGUGGAAGGACACGGACGAGGCUGACCUGGUGCUGGCCAAGGAGGCCAACCUCAAGUGUCCCCAGAUUGUCAUCGCGUUCUACGAGGAGCGGCUGACGUGGCACGCGUACCCCGAGGACAGCGAGCCCAAGGAGCGCGACCCGGCCCGCAGCUGAGCCCUGCCGGGCCACCGUGUCCCCAGGGCCACCCUGUCCCCCGGGCCACCAUGUCCCUGGGUCACUGUGUCCCCGGGUCACCGUGUCCCUGGGUCACCGUGUCCCUGGGUCACCAUGUCCCUGGGUUACCGUGUCCCUGCCGUGUCCCUGGGGUCACCCUGUCCCCCAGGUCACCGUGUCCCUGGGUUACCGUUGUCCCUGGGUCACCAUGUCCCCAGGGUCACCAUGUCCCUGUCCCUGCCAUGUCCCCAGGGUCACCGUGUCCCCCCUGGGUCAUCGUGUCUCUGGGGUCACCGUGUCCCCCAGGGUCGCCCUGUCCCCCGGGUCACUGUGUCCCUGUCCCUGCUGUGUCCCUGGGUCAUCAUGUCCCCAGGUCACCGUGUCCCUGGGGUCCACCGUGUCCCUGUCCCUGCCGGGUCACCGUGUCCCUGCCGUGUCCUGGGUCACCGUGUCACCAUGUCCCCGGGUCACCGUGUCCCCAGGUCACUAUGUCCUCUGGGUCACUGUGUCCCCAGGGUCAGCGGGUCACCGUGUCCCUGCCGUGUCCCGGGUCACCGUGUCCCUGUCCCUGCCGUGUCCCGGGUCACCAUCCCGUGGCCCCGCCCCUCGGGGCUGGUCCCCCAGCCUGUCCCCACCCCCGGGGCGGCUUUGGGGGAGUGGCCCCGGUUUUGGUGUUUUUUAAAGUCGGUGUUUUUAGCCGGGGCCCCCCCGGGGUGUCCCCGUGUCCCCCUCGGUCCCCGCCCCGUGUUGUCCCCAAGCCCCGGAUUUGCUUCCAAUAAACUGUCACUUUUCAGA